CGUGACGCAAGGACCGACCACCCGUGGGCGCUCCUUCCUUCCGUCUGCAGGUCAACGCCGUCACUCACCUCACCACACCCCGCCCGCCGCCCGCGCCCUGCAAAUCCUGCGCACUCACCAGCAGCCACACCGUCCGACGACACCUUCGAAUGCGCAUCGCCUGAAGCGCCGCCCACCCUCACUUUAGCGGUUUAGUCCGCGUGGAGCGCCAAGCCUCUUACGAGCUGCGCUCUCACCACCAGCCUCACCCUGCCGCCUACGAGCCCUUCGCUGCCGCUCUACUCCCUUCCUACACGGUCUUCAUGUCGGAUCACAGCGCGAAACGCCAACGCCUGGACAACUCUGGAAGAUAUUCGCCGGCCUCCCCGCCCUUUGACGUCGCUGCCAAGGCGAGCGGCCAAACGACAAAGCCCACCCAACCGCGCACCCCGACCUCGCCUCCUUGUGCCUCAAUGAAUUCGCAGUUCAAUGGCCGCUCUGCCGUGACUGCGACCGCGGCGACCCCGGCCAAGACCCCGCCACCGUCUGCGACCCUGUCCCAGUCGGCCUCGCAGGCGGCGACAUCGGCCUCGGCCCAGCACCCGUUUCCCACUCCCGCGAGCACCACAGGCCACUCUUACUCGACAAACAUCGACAGCGACGGCGACGCGAUGAUGGAGGACGGCGCAGAAGAGACUGCACGCGGCCUAGGAAUCAGUACACAGUCGAACCACGAUCGGCAAGGGCAGGCGCUGUUCUCGGAAAAGGGAGGCUUGAAGGCUGCAGAGGGAAUCAGCGGCAGUCUGCUGUUUCUGAGUGAUGACGACACUUACCACCAGUCGCGACCGCACGGCACGCAAAAUCUUUUCCGACUGUACGGUCUAGAAAGACUAGCAAAGUCUGUUGCACGAGUGGACCCCACGACGGGCGAGAAGAUUAAUAAGCUCCGCAAGUCCUAUGAAGGCCACAUCAAGACGCUGCAGAUUGCGGGCAAGCCGAAGGCGGUGAAGAUGGAUGAAGUUUUCAGCGCCACUAUGGGCCUGCCAGACGAACAUUGGGAUGCAGUCAAUGCUGGAAAGGAGCCUUGGAGAAAACUGAACACUGAGCGGACUGCCCUAGAGCCCGACUUCAGCAGUCUUCUUGACAGUGCCUUUGGAGGCAUGGGCCCUGGUGCGCUUCCGGCUUCAGAUGCCUCCAAGUACAAAGCAUAUAUUGGCACAGACGACACUCUCCGCCCAAAGCCUGCUGCCGAUGUUCAGGCUCGGACACCGCUUCCGUCAUCAGCGCCGACGCCAAGCAACACCCAUGGGUUACCGCGACGACCGGAGAGGUCAGGCUCGAAACGGCAGUACAACGAAGACUCCUACCAAGGCUACAGCGAAGGCUACGGCGACGACUUUGCAACAGACUCGACAGGCGAAGAUGGCGCACGAGGGGGCUUUAAGAGGCGGAAGACACAAUUUGAACGAACAGCACAUUCAGUCGAAGUGGGCGGUGUGCGGCGGUGACACAACAUUUGAUCCUAAUUUUUCGCACAUUCGUCAUUCUAGAGGGGAUUUUGAAUUCUCGAGCAGGCGUUACCCGGGCGCGUUCGAUAUUUUCCAUUCUACGUUCACAAGAAAAACGGGUCACGAGAACAGACCUUAUACCACGCUGG